CCUACCCAACAAGUCGCGUCGAACCCUUCUACCCACCCACCCCCUCGCGCCGCCAAGCCCUAGCUAGGGUUUUGCCCUUUUCCUCCCCCGCCGCCCCCGCCCAUGGAUCCCUUCUCGAAGAAGCGCAAGCCGGACGAGAACGGCGCGGUCGCCGCCUCCCCCGCCGCCGGUGCUGCCGCGCUCGGGCUCACGCGCGAUGACGUCCUGCGUCUCCUCGACCCGCUGUCCCGCGACCAGCUCGCCGACAUCGCCGCCGCCGCGGCGCUCGCCUCCGGGGUCGCGCUCGAUGCCGUGCGCGCCGCCGCCGACCGCGACCCGGCCUUGCGCAAGCUCUUCGUCCGGGGCCUCGGCUGGGAGACCAACUCCGACUCGCUCCGCGCCAUCUUCUCCGCCUACGGCGACCUCGAGGAGGCCGUGGUCAUCAGCGACAAGACCACCGGCCGCUCCAAGGGCUACGGAUUCGUCACCUUCCGCCACGCAGACUCCGCCCUCCUCGCUCUUAAGGAACCAUCCAAGAAGAUCGACGCCCGCGUGACCGUCACUCAACUCGCGGCCGCUGGCGCGGCCGGUGGGCCGUCCGGUGGGACUACCGGCGCAGGUGGUGUCCCUUCAGCAGACGUCUCACUGCGCAAGAUCUUUGUUGGGAACGUUCCCGCUGACAUGCCAUCAGAGCGCCUCCUCGCGCACUUUGCUUCCUAUGGAGAAAUUGAAGAGGGGCCGCUUGGGUUCGACAAGCUGACGGGCAAGUUCAGGGGCUUUGCGCUCUUUGUGUACAAGACACCUGAGGGGGCGCAGGCCUCACUAGUGGACUCAACUAAGGUAAUCGAUGGGCAACAGCUCUUGUGCAAGCUAGCCAUCGAGGGGAAGAAGGGGAAGCAGCAACCACAACAAUCCGGGCCUGCCGGGCAACAGCAACCACAGAUGCUCCAGGGUGGCCCGCCGGACAUGACGGGUUCUGGGCUUGGGCUAGGUGGACCGCAGAUGGGUGGGCAGUAUGGUGGCCCUGGGAAUGGUAUGCCAUCGUUUGGCGCAUUUGGUGGUCCCAACCCAUAUGCGAACAUGCCAUCGUCCAUGGGCGGCGGUGGUGGAGCUGGUUUGGGCUCAAUGGGAAAUCCGAUGCAUUCCGGGAUGGGUUCUGCUGGGGCUGGUGGAUUUGGCGCGGGUGGGCUGGGUGGUGGUUCAUUUGGGGGCUCGUCUCAAUUUGGUGCUGCUGGUAUGGGGCCUUAUGGUGGUCUAGGCAUGGGGGGACCUUCGUCACUAUACCGUAUGCAACAGGGCUCAGGUGGGCUGCCCUCAGGCUAUGGCGAGGGUGGAAACUACCCUCUUCCAGGGUCUGGGUUCCGGGGUCAGGACCCUCAAGGGAUGUCACCAGGACCAGGUGGCAGGGCUCCUCCUAUGUACCCCAAUGUGCCACCUUAUUUCUAAGUGAAUGUGUGACUCAGGUUGUUGACAACUCUUGGGAGCAUGUGCUUUGAAUGGUUGUGCUGAAUUCAGAAGUGUUGUCUGCAUACAUGGAUGUCUUGCAUAUUCUGGCUACCUCUGAUCUGGAAAUCAGUUUUGCUCUGAGUUUUCGUUGUUAAGAGAUAAAUCAAGCUAGAUUAGUGUUUUAUGUGAACUCUUUCACUAGACAUGUACUUCUUAUGACUGCUUUGCAGUCUGUCUAUUUAAAUACCUGAAUUAUCAUUGUUA